AGACUAACUUCUUUUAUGUCCCGUUCACCCAAUACAUACUCGAGGAGUUGUUAGCAACAUUCUGCCUCUGGAAAACUCGCAACAGGAGUUUUAAACCUUAACAUGGUCAAUGCAAAGCAGAUCCGUGUAAAUUACGUCUAUUGUUGCUCGAGGCGCCGCCUUUUUCUGAUCGAUCCAGUGUUGCUCAGGAUCUCAUAUCCCCUGCUCUACCUUUGAAUCAAUGUUCGCUUGCAUUAAGAACAUCCUGUUAAGAGCAUACGCCACUGGAUAGAUCCGUCUGAUUCUCUGAUAGAUCCUGAUUGUAGCAGUUAUUUUGUAUAGCCUGCCUUCCUCAACGAGAUGGUAUAAAAAACUUGGAAGAAGAACUGCAGCAAGAGUUCCUCGUAGCCCACCCUCGCUUCGGUGAUCAACUCCAACUCAUAGCUUACUAUCUCAAAGAGCAUGGUGUCCACUAAUCGUAUUUUUUCUGGGUUUGCGUUCAUCGGCUUCGUUCUAGUCAGUGUCCUCUUACCGCUCCAUGUAAAAGCAAGAAAUAUUGGUACAUGCGCCCUCAUUAUAUGGAUAGGCUUACUUUGCUUCAAUGGAUUUGUAAACUCGAUCAUAUGGGAUCACAAUUUCACCGAUUGGGCACCUGUGUGGUGUGAUAUAUCAUCUCGUUUGAUACUAGGUGGGGCGAUUGGUGUACAGUCGGCGUGUUUAUACAUUGCUCGAUAUUUGUAUAUUCUCACAAGAAAGUCAAUCACAAACCGACUCAAUCAAAAACAAGCUAGGCAUUGGCGAGCCGUUAUGGGUGAUUAUUUUUUGAUUAUUGGGAUUCCAGUAUUAUACAUCGUCUUAUCAUAUGUUGUUCAGAUUAGGCGCUUCAUUAUUUUUGAGGAGAUAGGCUGCUACUUUGCUCUAUACAACACACCGCUUUCAUACCCGGUGCUUCUGAUGUGGCCAUUACUAUUGUCCCUUGUCCUCGCUAUCUACGUAGGAGCCACUAUUCGCGCCUUGAUGCAGCGAAGGGAGCGCUAUAGAGAACUCAUGUUACACGACAAGCAUUUUGGCCGUUUACUUGCUUUGACCAUCACAACAUUCAUCUGUACAUUUCCGCAGAGCCUAUGGUCAAUUGUGGGCGAUGCAACUGAAAAUCCAGUUAAUCCUUGGCCUGGAUGGAAUGCUAUGCAUGCGGAUAUUUCUCGUGUUCUGAAAGUCCCAGCUGCUGUGUGGCAAGCAGAAGACUCUUUAUCUGUCUUUGAACUACAGGCAAUGCGGUGGAGUUACAUUGUGUAUUCCAUUAUUGUCUUUGCUUUUUUUGGUUUCACGAUAGAAGCAAAGAAGAACUAUCGUGCUGCUUGGGGCUUCCUUACCCACUCCUUUGAUAGCUUGUGGAGAUCUACCAAAGGUCGGAACAUGAGGCCACCCUCAAUUAUCAUAUACAGGCCUGAAACCACAUGUUACCCGUGCAGCAACAGCAAUGCGGAGUAUCCACCCUUCACAAUGUCGGUACUUGAGCAUCCUGCACCCGUAUUGGAUAUUGUAUCGGUCUUACGUUGCAACCCACCCAAUUCAUACCUGGUUUAACACAUCUUCACAUGUUCCUUAACAUUGCGUAGGUUAUCUGGAGUUGCAGUUCAAGUUGUCGCCUUCUCGAUAGUGGGGCUAAGUAUCAGAGCCAUGUCUAAGAUUACAUCCAGUUUUAUUGCCUUCUGGAGUUACUAUUUACUUACUUCAGAAUAUAUGCUAUGUACAGCAUAUGUGAACCCAGAACACUAUAUAUUGAUAUCCAUUGUUUAGUUAGUACUAUUGUUGGACACCAGAUG